CAGCGUUUCAUAAGUGGUCGCGAUGAGUCGUUUCAUAAACAAAGUAUAGACGGUUGUCAUUGCAACAGCACCAUACAGAAGAGUGACAGCCUAAGGGAGAAACGUCUACUUCAUACUUUUUAAUGAAGAACAUUCAGCAGAAUGAAGGGACUUUACUUUGUCGAGCCGGUCGUCGCGAUUUACUCAUUUGCCAGUUUCAUGCUUUAUCCUCUGGUGCAGCAGUACGUGUAUCGUAGACUUUGGCUGGAAAUCACAAACUCAUCAUAUCCCGUGUCCGACAACACUUCCCCAUGCUCCGCCAACAGCAGCAACCACACCGGCCAGCAAGAGGAGGUGCAGAAAGCGGCUUCACUGUUUUCCGUGUACAGUGAGUUGUUUUCCUUGAUCCCUAGUCUUGUGAUGACCCUCCUCCUGGUGGCCUACAGCGAUCAGCGCGGGCGUAAGAUGACCAUCACCAUGCCGCUCAUUGGGUCCCUGAUCUACACAUUUUCUUUCCUGGCUGUGUCUUUCUUCGAGCUCAACGUCUACCUCCUCAUUGCUGCCAAUUUCGCAAGUGCCCUCUUUGGUGGCGUCGGAACCAUGCUAGGUGGCUGCUUCACCUACGUGUCCGAUCUGUGCGACAACGGCCAUCAGAAAACCCUUCGGAUGGCCGUGGUAGACAUGGUGAUCGGCUUCAUGGCAGGUGUGGCGGCAAUCUCCACGGGCUACUUUUUGAGAACGGCUGGGUUUAACUGGCCUUUCUUCACGUCUGCCAUGUUACAUCUGGUUAACUUGUUAUAUGUCAUCUUUAUCCUGGAAGAAACCAAGCUGGUUGAUAAGUCAGAGAUUGUGGCUUGUUGCCAGGCCCUGCGGAGACUUGCAUCUGGUAUUUAUAACCUGUUUGCAGGAGGACACAGUAAAAGAAGUUGGAUUCUUUUGUUAAUGAUAUUGACAUUCUCCACCUUUUCGUUUUCCAAUACUGGUGGUUUGUCUGUGAUUACGCUUUAUGAACUCAAUAAGCCGCUUUGCUGGAGCGAGAUUCUUGUCGGCUAUGGCUCCGCGGCCUCCACCACCGUGUUCAUAACUAGUUUUAUUGGUGUGUAUAUGUUCUCCCGCUGUCUGUCUAACAUAACCAUCAUCUACAUUGGGAUGUUGUCGGUUGUUAUAGGCAUGACGGUGACAGCCUUUGCAAAGACUACGCUCAUGAUGUUCUUGGUGAGGAUUCCUUCGAUGUUUGCCAUCAUGCCGUUUCCCGUUCUGCGUUCGAUGAUGUCAAAGGUUGUCUCAAAGUCCGAGCAGGGUGCGCUCUUUGCCUGUGUGGCUUUCAUGGAAAACCUGACGAGUAAUGCGGCCUCUGCAGUUUUUAGCAGCAUCUAUGCGGAGACUGUGGCGUGGUGUCCUGGCUUCGUCUUUCUGUUGGGUGCUGGACUCUGCAUCAUUCCUAUGAGUUUACUGGGAAUCCUGUGGUGUAUCCAUCCAGCAGAUUCCAAUGCCACUGAAGGACUCUUAUCAGAAAAUGAGACUGAAGCCUCAGAGGAUGCACCCGUGGCUUAAAACUCACCCUGUGUGUUCAUAUAGUCAGACACACAGAGUAUGUUUGAUUCAUCUCAUAAAAUGAGAUCUGGAUAAAAAUGAGAUUUUACAUUUGAGUAUUUUUAGCAACUACCAAAAGUGCGAGUUUUCACCAAAAAAAUGUUUAUGCAAAAAAAAGUGUUUUAAGGAAGGACCACUUGAAUUGGGUUGAAAUUAUAUAUUUUUAAAGGGACAUUUUUUUAAUGAGGAAAUUGCAAUAGUUUUAGCAAAGUUUUGUUUAGUUUAGUUUUAAAGUUUUUAUAGCACCAUUCAGCAUGUAAAUAUUACCAUGGUGUCAUCAUGAUAUUACAUUGUCUAGUCAAUCUCUGAUUCAUUUUCAAAUAUCCAUAACCAGAUUUCCUGAGGAAUCAUUUUGCAUUGAAUGCACUUCAAUUAUCUGAGGUUUGGGCUGAUGUGCAAUAAGGUUUAUGUUUAAAUAAUUUCAUAUUGCAGUGUCAAUAAAAGUUCAGCCAGUAAGCCCUGACCUCCCAUUUAAGAUUUCUUAAAGCUUUAAGUCAUGAUUAAUAUUUGAUUGAACAGCUCUUCAUCCCUGCUUAUUUUAGAACCUUUAUUUGAAGCAUUUGAAAUUGUGUAGUCUUAAAAACGGGAACUUUUAUUUUUUACUAAAUCUAGCUACCAGCUUAUAAAGCCUAACAACACCUAGCAGCUACAUGAAACACCCUAGUAACCGGCUAAAACAGCUUAGCAUACCUAGCAACCGGCCUUUAGACCCUAAGAACACCUAGAAACUAGAUAAAACACCCUAGCAACCAGCUAAAACACCCAGAAAUGCCUAGCAACUGGCCCAUUGACCCUAACAACGCCUAGCAACCAGAUAAAACCCCCUAGAAACUAGCUAAAAUUCCUAAGCAAUGCCUAGCAACCAGCUUUUAGAACUUAACAAUGCCUAACACCCAGACGAAACACCCUAGUAAUCUAGAAACAAGCCUGUAGACCCUAUCAACCAGGUAAAACAUCAGGUAACAACGGCUAGCAACCAGAUGAAACCCCCUAGCAACUAGCUAAAAAACCUUAGCAAUGUCUAGCAACCAGCUUUUAGAGCCCAAUAAUGUAGUGAUGUGGGCCCUUUUUGGUUGACUGAAGAUAUGCUGCUGCAUUGUGGAUCUUUUGCAUGGCCUUGUUUUCAUAUAAUUGACGUUCUGUAAGAGGGUGAAUUUUCAGCUGCUGCCUUGAAGGCCAGUGUCAGCAACUUGACUUUGAUACAGGCAGUCAAGGGAUCAGGUUAAUAUAUUGUGUUUUUAUUUGGCCUACAGAGAUGAAAAUGACAAAGAACUUCACUUUCACUUGCGAUGUCCAGUGUGGUCAGCAGGGGGCAGUAUUGAUCAGUCUAAACACUAUAUUUUACUAUGUCAUUUCUUUUAGAUACAUUUUUACCCAACUUUAAAUUUAACAAAGUUGAAUCCUGAGAAAACAUACUAUACAGACAUGUUGCUAUUUGAUAUGAUAUUUAUUUUUAUGCUGUUACUUACAAAUGAAGAUUUCAUUGAUGUUGUGUGGCUCAAUACUUGAAAGAACCUGAGCCUGAAAUAUUCAAAGUGUGUGUGAGCUUGUGUGAGUUUGGCUAUACUUGUGAGAAAAACAUUGUAAGUGGUACUCCCUAUUAAAAAGGCUCAUGAGACAAAUCAUGUGUAAAUAUG